AUGCCCCGCUCGUCCCGCUCGUCCGCCCGCCCUUCGGCGUCCACCUCCCGCCCGGCCCCCGCCCAGCAGCAGCGCCAGGCGUCGACCGCUGCCUACCCCCAGCAGCACGCUCCUGCCCCCGCUCCUGCGGCCACCCACGCCCCCGCUCCCCAGCAGCCCGGUCUCCUCGCCCAGGCCGCGUCGACCAUGGGCGGUGCCGUCGCCGGUUCGGUCAUUGGCCACGGUAUCUCGAGCAUGCUCUUUGGCGGCUCGUCCAACGCCCAGGCCGCGCCCCCUCCCCCCUCGGAGCUGCCCGCCCAGUCGCAGGCUCCCGUUAACGGCGCUUCGUGCGACAUCCAGGCCAAGGACUUCACCAAGUGCCUCGAGGCCACCAACGGCGACAUGAACUCGUGCUCGUACUACCUGGAGGCCCUCAAGGCCUGCCAGGCCGCCGCCCGCCCUUACUAG